CGGGUGAGAACGCUUCACAAAAUGUCCAUUCAAGACAAUCAACACGUUGUCAAGUAUAUUGUUUUGCUUUUCUCAUCGUUUUUAAACAUUUUAAACAGACAAAUGGCUUAACAGAAAACCGAAAACAAUGCUUAAAGACAUGAAGUAUCAGAUAAAGCGUAGGGUAAGCGUUUUAUGUAUUUAUUUUGCAAGAAUAUUGAAUGUUUACCGGUAUUAAAAUUAUCAAAUAUUUGAUUAUAUUUUAUAUGUUGGCAAUGUUGCAGAGCAUCGCUGUUGAAAGUAAAUUUCACACGUACUUAGUCAUUUCACGGUUAUUCUAUUUAUGUAGCUUGUAGGUUAGUGUUAACUGUAAAUAAUAAAAUGAAUUUUUGAUAGACAUCACAAAACAAAGAGUACUUGACUGCCAAAUGUCUGUUUGAUCUUUAACCACAGCGCUCUCCCCUUGACGAGUAAAAUCGUCUAGCAUUUUCGACAGAAUAAAAUAUAAAUAUAGAACAGUCUGUGCCAUGAGUAGGUAGUACAAAUAAUAGGAAAGUUUCGGAUUGAUGGGGAUACAACUACCUGAAAAAAUCAAGGAGAACUUUGAUGUUUUGAGCGAAGGCAGCCAACUUACACUCUUAUUAGGGGCUGACUACAUGGAGAGUUUUCAGCCUGGGCUGAAACUCAGCCCAGUUAAACGAGCUGAAAUUGCAUCACGAUUACAUGAGCAGUUUCAACUCGGGCUGAGUUUAGUCAGAGCUAUAUAUAUCAUCAACCCGGGCUGAAAUAAUCUGAGUGUCACGAAAUAGGACAAUAAGCGUGUUACACUUCUUUGAAGCAAUCAGACGCUGAUUAGUCCACCAUUUGACUUGUGUGAGACUGUGCUUAUAUGUAAAGUAUUUAAAAAUUAAACAAACACGCAAAAUAAAGCCAUUUAAAUUAAACGGUUGUUUUUUAGCCUGGGCUGAAAUUAUUUGCGAUUACAUGCAUGCCGGGCUGAGUUUCAGCCCGGGCUGAAAUUUCAGCCCGGGCAGCUCAAACCGGGCUGAAAUUUCAGCCCGGGCUGGAAGAGGCCCGUAUUAAAUAAUGGCUGAUUAUUGGUGUGUUUCAGUACAAAGGAGUACAGCUAGGCAAGAUCUUUCUGGGAUUUUGGCAAGAUUGUCCACCUAGGAUGGCGGUCAACUUCUGAAAUAUUGAUACUGAGAGGAGAAAGAAAAUUUGGACUACAUAUUUCACUUCUAUUUAUCGGCCACUGAAUACACCUGCCUAUAAUAAAUUUAAGAAUUAUCAUUUUUUUAAUCUGAUAAAUUUUAGGCUGUCCGCCACCAGCUGCUUCACAAUAGUGUUUAGUGAAACUAAUCUAUAUAUGUUUAUGCAAUGAUGAAAACAUUCUCUCUUACUGUUUGAUCAUUGCAGCGCCAGAAAUGGUUGAACCCACUGUUAAUGAUUUUACGGAGGUGAAGAGAAAUCCCAGCAUGUCUGGUGUCUGAGCAUAACAUUUAAUACUUAUAGUAAAAAUAACCUUAAAAACUCAUUAAUAAUGAGGGGAAGACAAAGGAAAUCACUACCAUGUCUGUGGUUUUAUAUGUGAUAAAAAAUCAUGUUCAUUCACAUAAACUUUAGCUUUGAUUUUCUCCGCUUAGACAGCAUUUAUUGUAUUUUUAAUUAAAGUUACUUCACUAAUGAAUUCAUAAGAUUUUUAAGCCAUUUAAAUUACUCGCAGUUCAUGCUUUAUCAGAUAUAAAACACUUGUACUGUGCACUCGUGUUUUAUAUCUGAUAAAGCACUCCUGAUCGUGUUUUAAAUAGUACAUAGUUACAUUACAUAUGACAUGUUUUCUCCCACUGUUCUUGUGACAAUGAAGGCAGUUUUAUUCCAGUCACAACCCAGCAUUUAGACACCACAUCCUUAGGCCUCUCAACAAAAUGUUGAUGGUCUGGUUGGUGGGAGACCUUAAGGUAAUUCCGCAGUUUUGCAUUGCGCACUCCAAGAAAGAUAUGUAAAGAAAUGUGGAAAAGACAUUUAUAGAUCAGAAUUGUACACGUUUGUAGUUUCAUUUUACUCAAAACACAAUAUUUUUCCAAAAAUAAUUACAAGAUAAGUUUACAAAAGCAAAAUCCGCGCUAAAAACGUCAAUAAUUAUCGGGCUGUUGUGAUUUUGCUGUUACUCAUAAUGAGCAUCAAGGUGGUGCCAUAUUGGGGUAAAGGUGGUAUAUUGUGAUUGUCAUAUCUUCUUAACGAGUUCGGUGACCCCGACUUUUUUGUGUGAUUUUACUUUAAGUAUAUCAUAAACUACAAGCCUGGGAAGUUUCAGCACAUUCUCAUUUCGGGAACAAUUACUGCGGAAUUACCUUAAACCAAAUUUUUUUUGUUUGGACCAGAGUGUCACAAUGUUGGUUCAUGAAUGUUAUUCGACCAUGGAUUGUAUUCAUUUACUUAAAUCAGAUUGGCAAGCAGAAACGUAUCUGAUAUUAAACCAGAUUGCCAUUAACAAAUUGAUUUGCACUGGCCAAUAUGCACAAAGUAUAAUGCAUUAAAAAACUGAUAACUGUCCAUUUAAAUGGAAAUGUGCCCUAUUUUAUUAUUUUUCUUAGUCUAAUACCAUAAUUUACAAAAUUGUAGUUAUAAGAUUUCUUUUGCAAACCAUAUUCCUGUUAACAGCAAUUUAGGUUGCCACUCAAUGGGUUAAUUUUUUUACAGCUUUUUCUGUCUGACAAUGACAGAAUUGACAGUUCUCCGGAACGAGGCAAUCAGCAGAAUACAAAGCAAGAUGCUGAAAAUGCUGAAAGAAAAAGAUUGCCAAGUAUCCCAAGUCCAGAUCUUGAUGAAUACAUGAACAGAUCAGUGGCAAAGCAAAAAUCAGAUGCUACUGCUUCCACAGUAUUGAAAUCUUAUGGACCUUACUUCAUGGAAUAUACACUAUUAGCUGAAUAGUUAGUAUUGUCUAAGUUGCAUGAUCUAGGAUUUGAAGAGCAUGUGUUUUAUAAUGAUAGAAAUUUCAAGAGCUGAACAACCAGUAGGGCCUAAAAAAAUACCUGUGGUUCCGGUUUCAUAUCGUGAAAAAAUUAGGGUAGGUAGGUAGGUCGGAAAUAAUUUUUUUGGGGGUAUUUUUUUCGUGGUUUUUUGCUGGGCAAUUUUCAGUGGAGUCCCAACAUCAAUAUGAACAAGAGAUGCGUAGUUCCUAUGGACGAAUUUAGGCAAUUUGGUGCAAUAAUUAUUGUGACAUCAGAUGCCAUUUUGGCAUGCUGUAUGAGCGGCCCGCAAACCACCCGGAGAAAAUAGUGUCGCACGAAAAUAGUGUCGCACGUUGAAAAAAUAAUAGGGUCAGCAGAAAAAAUAGGGUUGGUCUGGAAACCGGAACCACAGGUAUUUUUUUAGGCCUAGCCCUGUUCAGAGCACUAUACACUGGACUCUUGGCUACAGGGCCUGCCUGUAGUUGUAUUUAUGCAAAAGCUCUUGAAACGGAGAUGUUUAUAGCUUUGGUUGAAAUUUCAACCGUGGAUUUAAAGGACCAUUGACAUGAUUCAUCAAUUCACAUUACCUUGAUACCACUCUGUGUGCGCUACAGCAUAAUACAUACAUUUAUAUGUGACCAUAUUUAUUUUCUUGAACAGUAAUCUUCUUCAGAAGCAAAUGAUCCCUGGAAUGUAUGUUCUUCCUGCAGCAAAAACACCUUUAAGUAAGUCCAUGAGCUUGUUGAUUAAUUCAGAGAUGUUGACAAUCAGUUAAUUGAUAAUUAUGGUUUUGCUGUGGUGUCUUAUUUAGUUUGGUAUGGUGUGUUAUUUAUUCACCAUGGGUUUUAUGAAGAAGGUGUUUUCAAAUUUAUCAUGACCAUACCAGAAAAUUAUCCAGAUGGUGAUUGUCCUGUAAGUACUGACUUGCAUUUUGAAUGAAGAAUUACAUUGGAAAUAGGCUCAGAAAGCACUUUUUGUGUGAUUGUUAAUUCGGCAAAUUUCUUUAACAUGUAUACAAUAAUUUGGUGGACAUCUGUAAUUACAAGAUCACUUCUCAAUUUUUCAAUUUGUCUAUAUCAUUGCAGAUUGUUAAAUUUGUACCAGCUGUUUAUCAUCCACUGAUCAAUUUUGAAACUGGGGAAGUCGAUGUCAAACAAGCAUUUCCAUCAUGGAGGUUCGUAAACUGUUUGUAUUACCUAACAUUUUCUUGUUUUCAAAAUGAAGUGAACAUACCUACCUGCCUACUUAAUAUGCAUCUGCCUUCUUGUAUCAUAAAGUUUUUUCAACCUUUUAAAAAUUCCUAAAAAACAGUGGAAGUGCAGAUGCGGACAUCAUAAUGAAUGAAAAAAGUUUACAUUAGAAAUACUUAAAUUUAAUCUGGUUACACCAUUCAACGGCUAGUUUUAGAAAACUUGGAAAAAAUCAUUAUCCAGCAAACAACGCCUUUGUGCAACUGACUCCAGGUCCAAUAACAUGAAUGUAAGCUGUAUAAAAAACAAAAUUGCUAAAGGACUAUUUUAAUUCUUAGGAGAACAGUGAAUCAUUUAUGGCAAGUUCUGAUGUUUGCAAGAAGAUUGUUUUACAGAAUUGAAAGUUCUAAUGCUGUGAAUCAAGAAGCCGCCGAGCUGUAAGCAUAGUGUGGAUUGCCACAAUUUAAGCAGAAUCACCAGAAUGAGUUAUGAUAGAAGAGGGAAACUUAUUUUUUAUUUUAAUGUUUUAAUUUCUAGCUAUAACAACGACAGUGAAGCAUACAGAGCAAAAGUGGUGGAAAACAUAAGUAAUUGUAACGAACAACUUUGCAAUAAUAUUGAUGAUGACCCUCAUUCAAUAAGGUACAAUAUAUCAAAUUUUUUGUCUGCUAAGCCUAUUUUCUACUCAACCAAAAACUCACUCACAUGCAAGUUCGCACAUCCUUUAAUUGAACAAACUUAGUGGUAGUUUAAUACGCCCUUUUAAGAAUUACAUCAAAUAUAUGCACUUCCUUUGCCUGGGAGCCUUGCUAUUUGGUGAGAAUACUCCUUCACGGUCUUGAUUUCUUUUGUGUUUUCUUCAAGAGAGUUUCACAAAUAUUUAUUCAAUGAUGAGACUGAUAACUGCAAUCGUUGGUCAGAAGGUCAUAUGCAUGCUUAAGGGAGUACGGUAGAAAAUUUAAAGAACGUCCUUUUCAAAUGCCAAAACUCCAUUUUCAAAUGCCAGAACUCCGUUUUCAAAUGCCAGAACUCCCUUUUCAAAUGCCAGAACUACAUUUUCAAAUGCCAGAACUACAUUUUCAAAUGCUAAAACUCAGUUUUCAAAUGCCAAAACUCAGUUUUCAAAUGCCAAAACUCCCUUUUCAAAUGCCAGAACUCCCUUUUCAAAUGCCAGAACUUCGUUUUCAAAUGCCAAAACUCCCUUUUCAAAUGCCAAAACUACGUUUUCAAAUGCCAGAACUCCCUUUUCAAAAUGCCAGAACUCCCUUUUCAAAUGCCAGAACUCCCUUUUCAAAUGCCAGAACUCCGUUUUUAAAUGCCAGAACUCCGUUUUUAAAUGCCAGAACUCCGUUUCCGGCUUGAUGUAUGAAAAGUUUUGACCAAUUGGGUUUGUGCAAAUUAGCGGACACUCAAUUUUGACAAUAUGAAACUUCAAGCGAAGCGAGCAAGUUUGGACCACACAUGGCGAACUGAAAAUUUGUUUUGGCUACCUGCAAAAAAAACUAAAUAUACAAGCAUUAACUGAUCUAUAUAUAGUUAUGCAAUGAUGAAAACAUUCUCUCUUACUGUAUGAUCAUUGCAGCGCCAGAAAUGGUUGAACCCACUGUUAAUGAUUUUACAGAGGUGAAGAGAAUCCCAGCAUCCCUGGUGUCUGAGCAUAACAUUCAAUACUUACAGUAUAAAUAACAAUAACAUUACAUACAACAUAUUUUCUCCCACUACUUAUUAUUAUAAUAAUAAUAAUUAUUAUUAUUCAGUUCACUCCCCAUCAGGGCUUUUCAGUGACCAAUUACAUUAGCCUCGCUUUGAUGAAUCAAGACAAGAGGUUAUGUGUGUUUGCCUGCUAGCACGAUAACUCGAAAAAUAUCAAACGUAUUAGUAUAAAAAUUUGUAAGGUUAAUGGUAAUAGGCCAAUGACAAAUCGGUUAAAGUUUGGUUCAGUUUGGACGAAAACUGAAUAAGAAAUUGGCAAAAGUUUGCCUUGCAGAGAAAACUGAAUACGUAAUUAGCAAUUUAGCCUUUUCCCAAAAGAGAUCACAGUGUAUUCUGGGAUCGUUUGGAGGGACAGAGUAGAAGCAUCUACUACUUAAUUCGUUUGCAGAAAUAUGCAUAAUGUGCAGUCUUUGAGUUCCCUCUUGUUUAUAUAUUGUUUACCUUUUCCAUGUAGGUUUACAGAGUGGGUUCCAGAGAAGCAUGAGAAUAUUAAGAAUUCGAUUUUAAAUUCUAAGGUACACAUACAUAUGUACGACUACGUUGAUGUAAAACUGUACUAGUUGACAGUUGUGGAUGCUAAAGUUCUUACUGUAAUGUAUAAAUUCUAUUUCAGGAAAAGACUGAUAGUUCCACAAGUCGAAAUGCGCAGUCAUCAGGACUAUCAUGGGUUAAAAAAGGCUCGGUUCAAAUAUUUAGUAAACCUGAAGAGAAAACCUAGUGUAGUUAAAGACGUAGUGCAUUGUUUCAAAUUUUAUUGUAUAUAGUCAAUAUACACCUUACGUUAAGGUGGUCCCCGCCGCCCAUAAAAAAGAGCUCACUCAGGAUUUUUUUCUUUAAAAAACUUUUGGCAAAAGUAAAGGACGAUCACCAACUGUUUUUUUACGUGGCCUAAAUGAGGAACCCAGAACAGACUGGUCAGGAAAUCCACCAGUUUCUUAGAGCGACAGUUUCACCAUAAAGCGACGGUAAUCAACUGGUUGGUGGUCAAUUACCUACAGUCAUACAGUUAUCAGAGUGAGGAAAUAAUGUUCAUUCUUUCCGUUCAAUGUAGUAGUUUCUUAUUUAGCGCAGUCAACAUUCCUGUCUUCUGCAUUUCACUACCAUGCACCAAGAAUCACGUAGCAACUUUUCCGUCGAAAAUAUUGUGUAACAAUGUCUAACAUGCAUGACUUUUUCUAAGUGUUUCAAAGAAGAUUCUCAAGGCAAAUCUUGUUUUUUAGUACAUAGGGAUUUUCUUUGUAUAUUUCUGUUGAUUUUAUGUUUUUGUCUUAGUUGAUCAGAAAACGUUUGAAAAAGAGUAGAAAUAAUUAUGUAAACAUAUAAUUAUAAUGUAGUAAUGACUUAUUUUUAUACAACUUAUAGUAUAUAUAUAUAAAGAGAAAAUAGAAACUAAAUUAAACGCAUAUUUACAAGAAACAUGAUAUGUAAUUCAAUUAAGAUUUUCUGUUUCAUUUUACAGUUAAUAUUUCACUCCAUAGUGAGUUAUCAAGUUCAUAUGUUUUUCCAUUCCAGUUAAAAUGUGAAGGAGGUUCUCUUUCGUUAUCUCUGUCCCUAUAUUCAAAACAGUGACUGAGUUCGAUACCGAGGCUUGAUUUAAUAAGCCCCACCCCUCCAUAUUUCUCAUCAGCCGGGUGAUAUAUACGUCCAGUCUCUGGGAACAUGCAUAUCUUUUCAGGUUGAAAAGGAUAGGUCAGUUUCUCCGUUCCAUUAAUGUCUAAUAAUUCCUGUGUGUUAUCAGAGCUGUUUGUUAUAGAGGUAUAGACAAUUGGUCUGUCGUCACAUUGUAUGUAGUUAAAUUCUUUUCCACAAGGUGAAAUGUAAGGGAACUCUUCAUAUCGUCCAGUGUUGUUCAUUUUCAAACGUCUGAAGAAAAAUGUCAGGAAUUUUUUUUCUAAAGGAAAAAAUACACAAUGUGUAAGUAGUACUUCUCUUAUGGACA